AUGAGAAUGGAUGAAUGGAUUGCCGUCUUUGGUUCCGAAGAGGGUGAACCCUUUCAAAAUGACAAAGAAGGAGGAGGAGACGAUGAUGAUCGAUCGUCGGAGACUCUAUUGUACACGUCCUCAUCUUGGUGUGACGAUACUAUUUUGAGAUGGAUCCCUGCCACAGAGGAGGAGGAGGAGGAACAGGAGCAUGAAAAUAUCAAUGACGAGACCUUAUUGUUGGACUAUUCCAGCAGUGGUGAAUCUGGAACAUGCAUGGUAUUUGACGACGACGACGACGACGACGAAUGCAAUCCACGGGUAUGUGAUCUGCAAUGCGUCUGUGUCGACUGUCUCAAAUGUCCACAUCAUUGUACCUGCAAUUACACCAGUCGCGAUUAUCAAUAUCGUGGCAUUGCCUCCUCCUCCCCGAUGACAAACAGCAGCAAGAAAACAAAGAACUUGAGGAAUCAUCAGAAUAGACAAGUGCGAGACGAAUUGAGCAGCUCUCAUGAUGGUGCUGUUGCUGGACCAUUGGACGAUGAUUCGAAACGUGAGAGCUGGUGGUCUAUUACCCAUCACCUUUCUUCGUCUUCGUCUUCUGCGUCAAGUCAUCGACCCAAGAAAACAGCAUCUUCUCAACCAAGUUUCAUGGUAGUUCCAAGCAAUAUUUGCACUGGGUCGUUUUUCUUUGAGACUGCUUCUACUCCCGCCGAUGAAGAUUUUGAUGCGCGUCCAGUCUAUAAGGGUUCUUCCCGCUCUUGUUCGCAACAACACCAGCCAAAGCAUUUCCGACAAGAAUCUAAUUCAGAAUCCUUGUUCUCGAAACAUGACGCUGGCUGGUAUCUGCAACGAAGCAUUUAA